CUGUUUUUAUUCCUUAAAAUAACCUUCCAUCCAUCAAAACCCAUUUAAUUAUUGGAAGCUGCUACUGCCAGAGAAUUAACUUGGCUACUGAUUCGGCUGUCCUCCUCAGAAGGAAGCCCUCCUUCAACCACAUUUUUGUUGAAGGUGAAAGGGCAGAAAGAAGAAGGGAAGCCAGCAGUAGCGAGGAAAAACAUCAUCAACUGGGUAAAAAUGAUGAAGGCAGGCUGCAGUGGUGGGUUUGGAAGAUUCUGCAAAAAGUUCAGGCCACACCUGCUCAUGGUCCUGACACAGAUUCUCUAUGCUUUCCUGUAUUUCAUCACUGAAGCUUCCUUCAACCAUGGCAUGAACCCUUAUGUCUACAUUACGUAUCGUCACGUUGUGUCUGCUGUGGUCAUGUUCCCCUUUGCCUAUUUCCUUGAAAGAGAACAGAGGCCCAAACUGACCCUUGCCCUUUUCCUGGAGAUCUUCCUUCUGUCUCUAUUGGGGGUGGGUUUGGGCUUGAACAUGUACUUUGCUAGCCUGAAAUACAUAUCUCCAACUUUCGUUGCUUCAGUGGUGAACACCAUAGCUUCUAUCACAUUUGUUAUUGCGGUUGUGCUAAGGUUGGAGUCGCUUGAUCUUCGAAACCCUCGAGGAAUUGCCAAAAUUCUAGGCACCUUAGUUUCACUGUCUGGUGUAAUGACCAUGACAUUGUACCGAGGACCCAUCGUCGAACAACUCUGGAAUCCUCUGGUUCGGAUACAGGGGAAAGCGAGCAGCAAUCACGAGAGCUGGCUCAAGGGUUCGAUUCUCUCGGUGGCGAGCUGCGUCCCAAGGUCGUGUUGGUACAUUAUGCAGGCAUUAACACUCAAGAGAUAUCCUGCUCAGUUGUCCCUCACAGCUUGGAUGAGCGCGAUCGGGGCGGUGCAAUCAGCAGCCUUCACGGUCAUUGUAGAGCAUAACAAGGCUGCUUGGACGAUCGGUUUCAAUGUCGAUUUAUGGUCUACCAUAUAUGGUGGAGUGGUAAUCUCAGGAAUAGUGGUGUUCAUUCAGCUGUGGUGCACAGAAGAGAAAGGUCCCGUCUUUGUUACCUCCUUCAACCCUCUAGCAACGAUUCUGGUGGCUGUUCUGGCUUACUUCAUAAUGGGAGAGAAGCUCUACCUGGGAAGCAUAAUAGGUGCCGUGGUUGUGAUUGUGGGCUUGUAUUUGCUGCUGUGGGGGAAAGAAGGCGAUCAGAAAGCUCAGAGCAAAGCACAAAGUAUUUCAGCUUAUAGUGAGCACGAGGAAGGGAGUACAGAGAGAAUAACUUCUGGUGAAUCUAAGGUGUCCAGUGGGAAUGCUUAAGGUUUCAUCAUAAUUUGAAUUUUAAAAAUAAAUUUUUAUGUACCUUGAGAGCUAACCAUUUGAGUGGCAGGAUUUUGAAAUUUUACAACGAAGAAAAGAGUUGGAAGAAGUAAUUGUAUCAUCCCUAUUAUAUCAUCGCCCUAUAGAGUCCUUCAUCCCACAAACUAAAUUCAAUGGUUUUGUAUAUAUCCAUCUGAGCCGUCGUGUCAACAGGCACCAAAUGCUUGAGUAAGCACUCUCUUCUUGAUGUUUUAUCGAGAAAUACGACUCUACAUAGUG